GCUAAACUAGAAAGACUCGGUGAGAGGGAGAUAAAACAAGAGGCAGAGAGAGAGAGAGAACAGCUGACUAAACAGUCAUAUAUGUUAGAGCAAGAGUGUAGAGGGUAAGAAAGGCUUUUCAAUUAAGUAAGAGAGGACGACUAAGACAGAAAAAAGACUGAAGGCAAGCUGAAAACAGAGCUGAGACGGGUAGGAGCAGACACUGUCAAAAGGAUGUGCAAAAAGAGUCUGCAGGAUCAAAAACUGAAGAAAAAGUUUGAUGAAGCUCCAACACCUCUCUGCACUUUACCCUACAUUUAAACUGCAGCUGUGCUGAAAUCUCUACAGAAGGAAUAUUGAUGAGCCAAAUGAUCAACAACCUUGAAGUUGUCACUCCUCAGACACAAUGACCACCUUCUCCUUUGCCUCUUCAUUUCCCUUCACUCUUUCAGCCUCUGCAUCGUCAAAUUACUCUCUUACUGUCUCUACUUUAUCCCUCCCUGUUUCGAUGUCAUCCUUCUUCGCUACCACCUCUCCCCCAAACCAAACUGUGUGUUCGUUUGAUGACACCACACUCCGUCUGCCGCUGGCGGUCCUAUACUCCCUGUUCUUCAUCUUUGGGCUUGUGGGUAACAUCUUCGCCCUGUGGGUCUUCCUUUUCCUACAGUCAAGCCGCAACUCUGUGCGGGUGUUCCUCAUCAACUGUGCUGUAGCUGAUCUGGUCCUCCUGGUGUGUCUGCCCUUCCGGGUUUUCUACCAUAUUAAUGGCAACAAGUGGGUACUGGGAUCUGUAGCCUGCAAGAUGGUGGGGAAUGUGUUUUAUAUGAACAUGUACAUCAGUAUUACAUUACUGGGGCUCAUCAGCUUGGACAGAUACUUGAGGUUAAAGGGGAAAGGCAGAGCACGGAGAUGCAUGAGGAUGAGGCUGUGGGGGCGCAGCUGGGCGUGGACCUGGGUCGCCUGCGGAGCUCUGUGGGGUCUGUCACUGGUGCCGCUGGUGUCAAUGAUCGCCACAGCAGAGGACAAAGAGGACAAGGAGAAAUGCUUCCAAUACAAGAAGCGUGUACAAGCCAAAGGGAAAGCCUACUUCAACGCGGUGCUGGUGUUGUUGUUCUGGCUCGUCUUCAUCAUGCUGGUGGUCUCCUAUGCGAAAAUUGCUUCCCAGUUGCUGAAGGUGUCACGGGACAAGCCGGACCUUCCCAACGCACAGCGAUAUGAACAAACUGCCAAGAAGUCUUUCUUUGUCCUCUUUCUGUUCACCGUCUGCUUCGUGCCCUACCACGCCUUUCGCCCCAUUUACAUCAUCUCCCAGCUCAGGGAAACAUAUUCUUGUGACUACUUGAAACUGAUAGACCGUACCAAUGAGGUGAUGCUAUUGUUCUCCGCCUUCAAUAGCUGUUUGGAUCCUGUCAUGUACUUUCUGUUAUCUGGCUCAGUGCGUAAAACCGCCCUCCAAGCACUUGGACAUAGACUUGGCAACCGGCUUCUCUUCCUAAAUGAAGCAACAUCAAACAGCUCAAUGGAGUUCAGACGACCAUCUGUACCUAUGGCUUUUCCUAACCGUGAACUUAACACCCCCUCAAUCAUCCCCAGAACAAGUAUCUGUGUCAUCAACUCCAACCUCUGUCGCACAGGCCUGACCACGCUUCCAACUACUGGCCAACAGUGAUCACAAGUUUGUCUGAUUGCAAAUAAUGUAAGCAAUAAAUAUCUGACAUUACCAAAGUAGGCCGGACUUAUUGGCUAAUUCUCUGUAAAACCUGAGCAAAGCAUUUCUACACAUACCUACUUCUUCUGUUAAAGAAUAAAAUGUUUUUUUUUUACUACUGAGCUAUUCUUACUGUGUUCUGGCUUCUGAACAUGUGUGAUGCUGUGGGAAUCACUGUUUAAAUUCUAGUUGUUCAUUGUUUAAAUGCCUGAGUGAAACACAGUAACGUCUGAGGAGAUGCACUUCAUUGACUACUGUGACAGCAGCUUUUCUAGGAAUACAUGCUGUAUUGGGUAUUUCCCUUCACUUGUAUCUGGUGAAUAUUGUUAGAACAAACACAUUUGCCCUCUUGUUAAAAAAACACAUUUGUAGUAUUAAUAUUAUAUUGUCUGUGUUGAAGAAAAGAGAUACAUGGACAGGUUUAAAAAUAAAUUUACACUCAGACAGAGGCGCAGCCUAAAUAUCACA